AUGAUAUUAGAGACAACUCAACAAACACCAUCACCAUUAAUUUACUAUUCACCGUUUAGACAAAAGCAUGUAAGAUACCUGGAUUUAUCAGGAUGUCCAAACCAACAGGAGUUGUUUUAUAAUGAAAAAGAUGACCCAGAAUAUCAAUUAAAUAGUUCAACCAAUAGAAUUAAAGAUUUUAUAAAUAAUAGUUUUAGAAUUAAUGAAAAUAGUUCACCUCUGUCACCACUAUCAUUAUCAUCGCAAUCACCAUUAUCAACAUCAUCGCAACCACAAUCCUCAAGCUUCUUGGAUGAAAAUAGUUUUAACAAAUAUAGUUAUCCAAAUGAUAUGACUGAUUAUAGUAGCGAUGAAGAAGAUGAAGAAAGUAAUGACGAUGGCAAAUGUGUUACAAAUUAUAAUAGCCAAGAAUGUUCAGUUUCACCAAAAUUGGAAAUUCAAGAUGGUUAUAAUAUGGAGGCCACCUAUAUUUUAGAAAAAUGUCAAAAAGAAUUAAAUGAUCUAAAUGAAAGAUACAAGCCAUUUAUAAGUAUUGAGCAAAUUUAAAUAGUCAAUGUUGCUUAGUAUUUCUGUAAAUAAUUUUUAAUCAAUUUUUGUAAAUUUCUUUUAAAAAUGUAAAUGGAGUAUAAAUAAACCAAAAAAAUUUCGUUUAA